AUGGAUCUGGACUCAAUACUUCAGGGCCUAUGUGCCGAUAAGAAUGACAUUGGUGUAUUUGGAUCAUCUCUCCAUGAUGAAAACAACUUGGAUAUUGAGAAUAGGGAUCCAUUUGACAGCUGCAAUCAAUUAUUUCAGAAUUUAGGCAAAGGCAUGAAAACCCUACGUACCAGUGUCUGGCACCUUAAAUUAUUUAAGGCUUACCUUAGCAAAAAUAUCACUCCUAGGGGACUAAGGGUGAAAAUACAGCCUUUGGUUGGCCGGAUAGAUGAAGCACUGACAAAGGAUUGGUGUGAAGCACAACAGAAAGCUUCUUUAUCUUUUGUACAUAUUCUAGCAAAUUAUUAUGAGCGUAUGACUGAUGAAAAUGUUGGUGAAGUUAAGCUAUUUUAUAAUUUGAAAACAUUUGAAGGACUACUUGCUUACAUUAAUUGCCUUAACAAAUUGACCAAGGAUCUAUUAGCCUUUGAAAAACAAAUCAAAGACAAGAAAAUACGCAAAUUUAAUAGGGAUGUUUCGGAUUAUCAGAGGGUGAAGAAUGUGAAAAUAGAUGAUUCCAUGUGGUUGGUUACAGCAGAUAUUGCUUCAUUAUAUACAGUCAUGCCAAAUGUAGAAGGGUUGGAAAUGGAAACACCUUGCUUGGAGCUUGAGUUCGCCUGGUUGAGCCAUGCUGUAAAGUUCCCAGAUGCCACCCAGGUAGAAGAGCAUGCCAACUGGAGUAUGUCCCGAGAGCUGGGCUUCACCUAUUGUUUUGUGGGGCUGAGCAAUCGUCUGGCAAGAGAUAGCAGCGUCAUGGAGAAUGAGAUUGAGCAGUUGCGAAGCAUUUCCAGUCGGGACCCAUUGUCUGAGAUCACUGAGCAGGAAAAAGAUUUUCUGUGGAGGCACAGGCAUUAUUGUGUGAAUAUUCCUGAGACCCUGCCUAAGCUGCUACUAUCAGUGAAGUGGAAUUCCCGGGAUGAAGUUGCACAGAUGUACUGCUUGCUGAAAGACUGGCCCCUGAUUAAACCUGAGCUAGCACUGGAAUUACUGGACUGUAACUUCCCAGAUCCAGUUAUCCGGGAAUUUGCCCUGAAGUGCUUGGUCAAGGGCCUGACUGAUGAUCGCCUGUCUCAGUACCUCAUACAACUUGUCCAGGUGUUGAAGUAUGAGCAGUACCUGGACAACCCAUUAGCACGGUUUCUAAUCAAGAAGGCUCUGACCAAUCAGCGGAUAGGACACUUUUUCUUUUGGCAUCUGAAGUCUGAAAUGCACAGCAAGACUGUGAGUCAGCGCUUUGGCCUGAUGCUGGAAGCCUUCUGCAGGGGCUGUGGGAUGUAUCUGAAGCAUCUAAACAGGCAGGUGGAAGCCAUGGAUAAACUAAUCAACUUAACUGAUAGUCUCAAGCAGGAGAAGAAGGAUGAGACUCAGAAGAUGCAGAUGAGGUUUCUGGUGGAACAGAUGAGCCGUCCAGAUUAUAUAGAGGCUCUGCAAGGUUUUGUCUGUCCCUUGAACCCAGUCCAUCAGCUUGGCAAUCUCAGGCUGGAUGAGUGUCGUAUUAUGUCUUCAGCCAAAAGACCUCUCUGGUUAAAUUGGGAGAACCCUGAUAUAAUGGCAGAACUCCUGUUUGCUAACCAUGAAAUCAUCUUCAAAAAUGGAGACGAUCUCCGUCAAGACAUGCUAACACUGCAAAUCAUUCGUAUUAUGGAGAACAUAUGGCAGCAUCAAGGGCUGGACCUCAGGAUGCUGCCAUAUGGUUGUUUGUCAAUAGGAGACUGUGUGGGGCUGAUUGAAGUGGUGAAGAACUCCCGUACCAUUAUGCAGAUACAGUGUAAAGGUGGCCUGAAAGGAGCACUGCAAUUUAACAGUAAUGCUCUACACCACUGGCUGAAGGACAAAAACAGGGGAGAAACUUAUGAUGCAGCCAUUGAUCUCUUCACCCGUUCUUGUGCUGGAUAUUGUGUUGCUACCUUUAUCCUUGGCAUUGGGGAUCGGCACAAUAGCAACAUCAUGGUGAAAGACGACGGACAGCUGUUCCACAUUGAUUUUGGCCAUUUUUUGGACCACAAGAAAAAAAAGUUUGGAUACAAACGUGAGCGAGUCCCAUUUGUCUUGACCCAGGAUUUCUUAAUUGUUAUUAGUAAAGGGAUUCAAGAAUGUACCAAAACUAGGGAGUUUGACAGGUUUCAAGAGAUGUGUUACAAAGCUUAUCUUGCAAUCCGUCAACAUGCCAACCUAUUUAUUAACCUUUUCUCCAUGAUGUUGGGUUCAGGAAUGCCAGAGCUACAAUCUUUUGAUGAUAUUGCCUACCUGCGCAAGACACUUGCCCUAGACAAGACUGAGCAAGAAGCUCUGGAGUAUUUCAGCAAACAAAUGAAUGAUGCACAUCAUGGCGGGUGGACCACUAAAAUGGACUGGAUUUUUCACACCAUUCGGCACAUGCCUCUUACAGAAGCCAGUCAUGAUUAAUAUAUGCAGUUGGCUUGAAGAUUAUAUAUACAGAUGGAAUGCCUUGUGGCCAGCCUAAACCUAAAAAAGGGUGAGAGCACUGGACCUGCUUUUCACCUGUUUUGCACAAAAUGGCUUAGGAAAACUGAUUUUUAAAACAACAUCUGGAUCAAAAGUGUUGUGAAAAAAAUAGCCUGGGUAGGCCGUAGUAGUCUUCUGAGAGGGUGCCGAGUUAGAACUGAAAAGCCAGUGCUAAGCUUGUUUAGUUUGAACUCUCUGUUAUGGAAAUUAAGUCUUUGACUCGCAAGGAUGGAAGUAGUUGAUGUUAUGGACAGUAUGGCUGACUGCUGGUAAAGUCAGCUUUCUGUCCACAUGACUGCAGAAAAGCUGCUGCUAUGGCUGCCUGUAGUAGUGAAAAUAAGAGGCUUGAAGUAGAGACUGACAAUGUGUGUGUAUGUAUAACAUUUUCUUAGUGUGUUAUAAAAAAUGGGAAGCUGAGGGGGAUUGUAUUUGUGUGUGUUUUGGAAAGUACUAUAGGCCCAGCACCUUAGUGGAAUUCUCACCAGUGUAUGGUGCAAAAAACGGCUGCUCAUUUACCAAAAAUUAUUAGACUUUUCUGUCAGGGUCUGAAUUUCCAUGGCUGCAGUACUGCUUACCUUUGAAAUUUCCACAUUUUAAUAUGGGAUUUUAUAAUACAGUUGAGAUAGAAUGGUAGAAAAUUAUGUCAGAAGUGUGAAGUCAAGUUCAGAGUAGAUUAGAUUUUUUUGUUUGUUUUGUUUUUGUUUUAUAAGUACAGUAUGAAAGGCCAAGGGACUGUGAGAGAUUUCUUUGGCAUAUUUUUAUUCUGAAGAAUCCAAACUGGUUAGGCUGUUUUAGGAGGUGGGUGGCAUCUUUAUGGAAGAAUGGGACUUUACAGCAUCUUGUAGUUGCUGACAUUUUGGUGGUUUAGCUUGCUACUUUAAUAACGUGUAUACGUCUUCUGAAUCUGGCUGAUGCUACAUUGACCACUGAAAUUUGGUAUCUUGUAUUGCAACUGCUUUAAGAAAGAUGGCUGUCUAAGAGGCAGUGGGGUUUUAAUACAAACGCUCAAUCUUUUCUGCUGCAAAAACAAAGAUGUUUGCCAUUUUUAUUUUACCUUUUUGCUUUUAAUGAGCUUAGCCCAAUUGCAUUUAGUUAAGUUGCAGCUUGCACCUUGGCAGGACUUCCAGGUGAUGUAAAUAAAGGCAUAAGAUGUCUGUUUUAGUUGGUAACAGUAGGAAUUAUUAGGAUUCCACUGAACAUGAGUAAACUUGGAUAUGAGCUGUAUUGUAAAUGCACACCAUUUAUUUCCACCUUUGGGCAGUCAAGUACAAGCUAAUGGUUAUGUCUGCCCUUCAUUCUCCUGUUUAGAGAAGGCAAGCCAAGAACAAUUCAUGCCAGGGUGAGUUGGUAAUGCUGGAGUUGAACUUCUUUGCAUUUCCUGUUUCACAUAGCCUCGGGCCAGCAAGCAAGCACUUCAGAAUAGUGAGAAGAUGCUACCUACCCUUGAAAAGGAGUAUUAAACUCUAGCUUAAUUUCUCUUGAAAAGUUUAUCAUUUCACACUGACUUGGUUGUAGUCAGUUACAGCAAGGGCUGUUGCUGUAGCCAUUGGUUUGGUUUUGGUCUGUCAGGGUCCCUCUGUAGUUGAUCAUUGGAUUUACUUUCUGAUAGCUGCAGCUUGCAAAAUUCUUGUAAUGGCUGUAGCUACUGUGCUUGUGGGUGCAUGUAUCACCUGCUGGUGCAUGCAGUGACCUCAUAUGCUAACCAGAAGAAUGUGCAGCGCCCAUAUGUUUCCUAGUUAUAUCCCUUGUCUUAUUUCUGCCUGUAACACAGCUGACACUUUGAUUUUAACUCGCCCAAGAAUGUUGUCUCCUUUUAUGACUAAAACCUAACAAGCACUCUAAGUGUUCUUAUGGUUGGCACAUCACUAUUCACUACUGGUGCUGGCACUGGCUUAGUUUCUUGAGAAUUGAUUGCACCAUUACAGAAAGUGCCAGUUUCAUCAUAGCUGCUAAAAAUGGCAUACAAGUGAGCUGCAGCUGUUUCACAUCUGUAAGAGGAUGUUGAUGGAGAACUGUCAAUGCAGGGUUCAGCAGGUGUUUCCCUGGCAUGACCCCAGCUAUAGGCCAGAGUGGAGACAGAAGGUAAGAGAUGAGGCUGGAGAUUGGUCAAAACUUCCCUGUUAACCCUGCUGAAAAGUGAUCUCCCAACUGCCUGCGUAGUGCAGUUUCCCUUGAUUAAUGAGCAAUUAAGUUUGUGCUGUUUGUUAGUGGAUGAUUUUUGAUGGGAUCUAGAGUGGCACCUCUUAGUCUUCCACCUUUGAGAUGAGUCCUAAGAUUGUUUCAACCUUAUGGUGCUGGCCAGUAACCACGGAGCUCAUAUGGUGUGGGCCUUAGAAUCCCAUAGUCUUUUUUGUGGUUCAACUCUGAUGGGAGAGUUUACUCCACAAUGUUCUUACAAGCCAGAUUAGGCUCUCUCUCCUGGUUUGAGGAGAUUCUUUUAAUUACAAUGACCAUUGAGCCAUGGUUGCAAACGCUUGUAGGAUAUCAAUGUCUGCUUCAUAUUUGCAUGUCAUGGAGCUGUUGUACUGUCACCAAAUGCUCUGUGAACAGGUAUAGACACAUGCUGUUCAAAGAAGCCUUAGAGCUUGUUUUCUUUUCUGUUUCCUCUAUUUUAUUGUUCUGAAUGGGGCAAAAGUAUUCCAUCCCUUUCUACGUUUCACUGACUUCACUAAUCUUAUGCAGAAUAUCAUACUGCAUGUAGUGACUGGAUUGUGCCUGUACUUGCCACAAGACACUCGGAACAUCUGUAGGAAUACGUGAUGUGGUCUGGUGCCUCGGUGUCUGAGAUCUGCACAGGAAGUAUGGGAUGUUGCCUUUCAUUCUACACACUGCAGCCAGGGUGUACCCAGAGCUCUGUUAUGCAUAUCCAAUCUUGAGAAAAGACUCAUAGAAUUUCCCUGUUUGGAUGAGUGGCUCCUCUUGAUCCUGUCACUUACCAGGGCAGCUGGCUGCAAAAUUGUUCCAUGCUUAAGUGCUUCUAUGUUUGCAGGCCCAAGUCAUUUCUGACUUUAGCUCAAAAGAAUUCCUUUCAUGGGGGUGGAAUUGUGUACUCUUCACUACUGGUCAUUGCUACUCACAGAGAGAGCCUAGGGGGAUCAUGGCCCUUACUCUGCCAGAUGAGUCUACAGAAGAUGGAUGGACCGACAUGAUCUUGGGUGCCUCUUGGGGGCCAUAAUGAUAAUGACUUUUAUAGUCCCAUUCUGUCAUUUGUUUAUAGAUGCUUAAGUGACCACAUAGGUGCCAGUGACUGUAGAAUCAUCAUGCAGUGUCAACCCUACAUCAUCAGGCAUUAGAAAAGUGAAUUAGUGACGGGGGUUAGCCUUUUUCAUUCUGAUGUCAUGACAGACUCCAAUGAAGGAUGCUUCAGUUUAGGGUUGGAAAAAACACAUGAACUCCUUUCUAGUAUAAGGCUGUUGGAGCUCUGUUGGAUACAGAUUUUUGAUCAGCCUGAUUGAGCUAAGGGAGGUCUUUUUGCAUUUAUAACAUUAUUAAACUUGCUGUGUGGUGGCUAGUAUCAGCUGUCACCUGAUGCUUCACUUCCCACCAGUUUUCAUACUCCUGUCAUGUCAUCCUUCUAGAUAAGGGGCUGUAGUCCUCCCAUCUGACCUAGCAGUUUGGCUUGUAAGAAGCUUUGGAAGGCAGAGAGAGUAGAGGGGAGUUCACAGCAUCAUCAUGGCUAUGUGUAGGUUUGUUGGUUUUUUGGGGGUUCAUGUCCUCUCCACCUCCAUUCUGGUAAUGCUUCUUGGUAGGCUUACAUGUGACUGUUACAAGACAGGCAUCCCAACCUUGAUGUUGACAUGCUCCUCCAUGCCUAUCUUUUAUAUCAGUAGCAGCAUUACCCAUUGAGACUAUGAUGUUAGGUGUACCCCAGUACACCUCACAACCCGCCAAAUAGAGGCAAGCAGGACUACACCUUUUAAGUUUCAUCCACAUUCCCAGUUGGUGCCUUCAACACUUGGGCAGCUAGGCUAACCCAGGUGUGUAGGUGAUAGUCAGUGCUUCACCUCCUUGCCCCUUCGAUCUUGGUAAGAUAAAGGUACAUUUGCUUGCCUUUCAAGCAACAGAAGGAAAGUUGAAGUCAGAUGCCAUUCUGGCACCCAGGCAAGGCAGUGAUGUAUAUAGCACAUGAGAAGUGGGUGCAGGAAGGAGAUGUGUGUCUAGCAGUGAGCAGUAGAUCUGGAUAUCACUUUGAAAUCUUAGGGAAGAUGUACAUGCUGUCAGCUCCAACCCCUCUGAGGAACUUCUGGACCUGAUAUUAAAAAAAUGGCUGUGUGAAUGAGGUCAUACAGGAGUGGGGCACACCACAAACUGCCAUGGUGGUAUAUGAAGGUAGUGAAGAACUUGUACUGCAUGCAUUCACCAUCGUCUGGCAUGGAAGAUCCAAGUACUGCUUUCUACCACUUCCCCUGGCUUCAGACCUUCUAGCAAACAUAGAAAGACCAACAUCUAUUCCUUCUACUCCAUGGUGGCUAAAAAGUGUGUGUUAAUCUCUUAGAAGCUUGGCAUUUUGGGAAACCACCCCAUUACAGGCCAUAGGAGCCUACUGUAGGUCAAAGAAGCCUCCCCUUCAUUAGACCCUUUCAUUUCUUUGGACAUGCCCUCAGAUGUUUUGUAAGUGAUUGAGGCCAACAGGAGGCCUUCAGUUUAGCAGACCUAUGCUGCUAAGUGGGAGAGGUUAUUUAUUUGGUGAAGUGUUCCAGUCCUGCAUCAUUGAGUUCACAUGUGUUUCUCCCCUACCUCAUACAGUUUUAUACUGUGAGCUGUAGUGUUCUACUAUCAAGGUACAUGUGUCCACUGUUUAUGUGCUGUCUGACCUGUUGGACAGCAUAAACAGCACAGCACAGAGUUGGUAAGUAGUUCUUGAUCAAGGCUCUUUAUAUCCUUCUUGGAAUUUGAACUUUAUGAAUAACAGACAUAUCCUCCACUCAAGGAUUUCAGAGCAGCAGAUCAAAUGUGGUCUUUCAGAAAGGUGGAAUAUGCCACAUUUCUUGCAGAAGUGAUUUCUCAGCUGUACUUUGAUAAAUCCAUUCAUAUCCUUGGGCUCUUUCUAAGAGCACAAUCUGGGGGAUGGGGGUUUCUGAUACCACUGAAGUGCACUGGCAGUUCAGCUUCUACUUGAGAAGGCAGCAUGAUUUCAGGAAGACAAGUGAGUUGUUUUCUGCUUACCUCUGGUAAAGAGUGGCUGGGUUUGGCUUAGGAAGUCACACCCAUGUGUGCUGGUAAUUGCAUCAUCUUUUGCGAUCAUGUAGAUAACCACCCUUGAUUAAUGUUGUUCUAAAGGAUCCAUUCACUAGAGGAAUGUUUGCUUCUGUUGCUUUUUUUUUCAGAAAUGUGUCUAUUGUGUACAUUUGUGCCAUGGCCACUUAGUCAAUUUUUUACACUUUCACCAAGCACUACAUUUUCAGGCAUUGUGCUUCAAGACCAUGUGAGCUUCUCUUCUGUCUUUUAGUCUGUUCCUGACACGUGCCAUCAUGAAGACAUUUUGUGGGUUACUGUUUGAUCCUUUUCAGGGAUGAUCCACUGCACCAGGUGCCUGAUACUGGAUAUAACAAAUAUGUAAUCAGUAUGUCAUUUAAUCUGUGGGCAAGUUUACCUGCAGUGGAUACUUCUGCUGUUCCUGUGUCAGAUGGUCCCUUCAUCUCCCCCAAUGAAUGCAGUCACUUGCAAGUCAAAACAGGUAGCUGCAGUCCUCUUUUAUUCAUUAGUGUAUAAUGAUUAAACUGGAAAUAAAUGGGGGUUUGGCAUGCCCUCAGACCUGGUGCCUGACAUCAUCGCGUGCAUGGUUUGGCAGCACAUACACAAUAUUUGCUCAGUAGCUGUAGGUUAUAAGAGUUUUUCUGAGUUGAGGAUCUCUCUUCUCACAGAUAAACUGACAUUUUGAAAGUGUAUCUGUGAUUUCCACCUACACCUCUUCUACAGGAUGAUGCUAAGAGGCCACUUCUGUAGUUCAAUGGCAGAGUUAGUUGCCUGCUGCAUUAGAACAAAAUGACAGAACAGUACAGCACGUAGUCAUGAUUUUACCUGGAACCCCUCCACCCCCCAAGCAAAAAAGGGGUUUGUCCAUCUGGACUACCUGGUUAAGGUUAACUUCUGAAUUAAAAACAGAGGUAUGGCUUGACAAAAGAGAUGCUGGUCAUCUGAAAUACAAAGAAGUGUGAUAAGUUUCAGAAGUUUCAUAACACCUGCCAUGUAAUAGCUACUGCAACAGUGUAUGAACUGCAAACUGAUUAGCAGAUUGUUAAAUUGCAUGUGGACCCUAAAUUGACAAUAGAAAAAUCUGCUGCUGAAUUUUAUUGCAAACUCAUACUGGCAGAUCUUUCAGUUUAUUAGUUUGCUCUGGCUUCUCCAUCCAUAUACAUUUUUAGCAUGCAGCUGUGAUAGGCUAUCUUUGUUAUACGCCACAGAGUACUUUGUUCCUUAAAGAAUUAUCCAAAGUAUGUGUAUGCUGUGAUAGACUCGUGGAUAUUUUUCUAAAGAUUUCUUAUUUCAGUAAACUGGAAUUGAACUAAGCGUUGUGCUCCCAAGCUCUCAGAAUCUUUUAUGCUUAUUCUAGUAAUUUUAGUAUGUCCUGGCUUUCCAUCAGGGCAUUUAAGACUGAGUGAUGCAGGUGUGUUUGGCAUAAGCAGCCAAUAUAUUUUAAAGAAAACCUGAGCCAUGGACUGUUAUCCUGACAAAGAUGAACUGGACAAUUUUGAGAAAAUAUUGAUGUUGAAUUUGUCUACCCAUUUUUUCAUGAAAAAGGGAAAAUACUUGAAAAAAUCUAAUGUGUUUUAUGCAUUAUGAAUCUUGAUCUGUAAUGAUUUUUAUAUGUCAAACUUUGAUGUUUAAUUUUUUUUUGUAUGAUGAAAAAGAUGUGCCAUUUUAUAUGUCUAGCUUGUAUGUAGUUUGUGAAUUGCCAUAUGGUUGCACAUCUGUUGUAUUGAAAUGCAGCCAGAUAUGACUUCAUCCCUUGAAGGAACUGAAGUAUUUUUAGUAGGAAAUACCAGCAAGUUAAAUUAUAAUUUUAAAGGAAUUACUAUAAAAUAGAAGGAUGUAGCUAGCUAACAAGAUUAAUCGCCAAGUGUUUUAGUUUGCUAUAAGAGAAAAUGGCAUCUUUUCUUAAGUCAUCUCAGCACUUUACUUUUUGCAGAGAAGGCAGGAUCAUAAUCGUUUUGCCUAACUAUGCAGCUCUUACUUGUGCACUAAAAACACUGCAGUAUCUACAAGAAUAAGCACUGAGACUUCGAAUUAUCAUUCCAUUUAUAAAUGCUGGCACUGUGUACAGUGAAUGAGUCAUUUUCAGAUUAAGUCUUGUUUCAACCAAACCCGGUUGGAUAUAUCCAGUUCAGUGAAUAGGCAUUUUGUUGAAGUUUUUUAACUUGCUACAGGAGUUUGAAACCCUAUGGUUAUAUUAGUUAAGAAGGGGCAUGAAUGCGAAUCAAGUUUAUCCAGUCAAACUUUGCUGAAGCAAGGCCCAGUCAUAUAAGCACUAACUUAUAGAAUGCAUGUACCAUUGUAAUGAUAGGGCAGGAUGUUAUCUUUCCAGCAAGGAGCUUCGUAUGAAGUAGGUAUUCUAAAUGAGGUGCCAGUGUGCAUGGUUUCCAAUUUGUUAGGAUGAUAUCUUUGCUGGACAAAUUCAAUCCCGUUAGAAGAUAUUUCGGAUUGCACUCAAAACUAUCUUGUAUGUAAUUAAAACAUGCUCUUGUAUAUAGAUCCAGCAUACCAUCUAUGAAGAGCAGUUUAUAUUUCAUAUAGAACAAGGUGUUUAACAUAUUUGAUGCAGUAGUUAGUAACAUAGAACUGUCAGUGUCAUGCCUAGAAAACUGAAUGCUAUCAAGUCUCUGUGCAAGAAUUACUCUUUUAUACUUAUUUGUAUUCAUGUUAAUAAAGAACAUCUUUGAUAAAAA